UUCUAAUCGCUUGUUAUGGGUAUGUUUUAGUUAAUUGUAGUAAAGAAUCAUUGACUGGUCGGCUGUAAUUUUUUAACUGUCAUGCAAUGGCGCUGUCUGAUAUCACAUGUCAAGUUCAUGAAGUGUCAAGUUGAUUAAUUUAUUCAAACAAAAAAUCGCCAAAAUGGAAGUGGUCGCAAAUUUGCGCAACUCAUUCGAAAGCGGCAAAACCAAGCCCUUGCACUUCCGAAUGAAGCAGCUCAAAGCCCUGCUUCGCAUGUACGAGGAAAACAUGCCCCAAAUGCUCGAAGCCCUGCACAAAGAUUUGCGGAAAUGCAAACACGAAGCGGUGGUAAUGGAGACCGAGUACCUCCUCAACGACCUCAAGAACACCAUCGCGAACUUGCACAAGUGGGCGCAGCCCGAGCGCCCCCCGAAGCGCUUCGUCAACUUGCUCGACUCCUUGCGCAUCUACAGCGAGCCCUAUGGGGUUGUCCUGGUCAUCGGCUCCUGGAACUACCCCAUUCAGCUCACCCUGCUCCCCGUUGCGGGGGCGAUCGCGGCUGGGAAUUGCGUCGUGAUCAAGCCAUCGGAGGUCUCCGCAGCUUGCUCGAAAUUCAUGGCGGAGACAAUCCCCAAGUACCUCGACAGUGAUUGUUACAGAGUGUACGAAGGGGGCGUAGCACAAACCACCGAAUUGUUGAAACAAAGGUUUGAUUAUAUUUUUUACACGGGCUCUUCGCAAGUCGGCAAAAUUAUUCAUUCCGCCGCUAAUCAGUAUUUAACUCCAGUUACGUUAGAACUGGGCGGGAAAAGUCCGGUUUAUUUGGACAAAACCGCAAAUAUUAAAGUCGCAACCAAGCGAAUUUUGUGGGGAAAAUGCGUAAAUAUGGGGCAAACUUGUGUUGCACCUGACUAUGUUAUUUGUUCGAAGGAAGUUCGCGAUAAAUUCGUAGAUUGUGCCAAAACGGUCCUUGUUGAGUUUUUCGGUACCAACCCGAAGGAAUCCCCCGAUUUGGGGCGCAUAAUUAACGAAAGACAGUUCCAAAGGCUUGUUAACCUUCUCAGAGGACACAAACCGGCAAUUGGGGGCUCAUUUGAUGCCUCUGACCGUUUUAUAGAACCCACAAUUUUGACCGAUGUUCAAGCAAACAGCCCCAUAAUGCUUGAAGAAAUUUUCGGUCCCAUUCUCCCAAUUAUCACAGUUGGUGAUGCGUCCGAAGCUGUUAAAUUUAUAAAUUCGCGCGAAAAACCGUUGGUUUUUUACAUUUUUUCCACUUGUUCCAAAGAUGUGAAUCUGUUGGUUGAGAAUACUUCAUCAGGGGGUGUUCUGGUCAAUGAUACUAUAAUGCACAUGGCUACGGAUAUGCCCUUUGGAGGGGUUGGUUUUAGCGGGAUGGGGUGCUAUCACGCCAAGUAUACGUUCGAUACGUUUUCGCACAAGAAGAGUUGUUUGUAUAAAGAUUUGGGGUUGUUGGGGGAAACUUUGGGGGCUGCCAGGUAUCCACCCUACACUCCCGGAAAAUUGAAAUUUUUGAAUUUGCUACUAAGAAGGUGGCCGGGAUUUCCAUGGAAGGCUUGCUUGCUGCAUACUUUUAUAUUCAGUGUGGGGUUUGUUUCGGCUAUUGGGUAUAAGUAUUUCCUUGACGAAAAGCAUUGAUAUUUUGUUGUUGUUUUAAUGGUAAAGGUGUUGUAUUGCAUGUAUUAGCCCAGGGAACAAUUUUGUAUUGUUAAGGUAAAAGUAUAUUAUUGUUUUAAUAUUGAGAUGUUUAUUAUAUUUUGCUAUAAUAAAAUGUAUGUUUUGUGA